AGUGUUUCUGGAGAGUUCUAAGGUGGGUGAACUGUUUUUGUUUAUGUUUUCCUCUUUCUUCCUAAUAAAAAUGUGAAGAGGUUCCUUGAUGCAUUCAUGGCUUCCAAUAUUAAAAGUAAUGAAUGCAUAAAUAAAUAAAAAAAAUUAAAAAUAUUUGGUUUUGAUUUGAUUUGAUAAGUUGGGUAGAAAGAAACCGAGUUUGAAUUGAUUGAAGAAAUGGCGAAGGAAGGAGAGAAAUGCAGUGAGGAGUUGUAUAAGGUUCUGGGCAUAGAAAAGGAGUGUAGCCCAAUUGAGCUCAAGAAAGCCUAUAAGAAACUUGCCCUGAGAUGGCACCCAGACCGUUGUUCAGGGAGCCGCGAGGAAGAAGGAAAGGAGAAGUUCCAGGCAAUCCAGCACGCCUAUUCUGUCUUAUCGGACGCCAACACAAGGUUACUGUACGACAUAGGUGUCUAUGACAGCGAUGACGACCAAACCGGCAUGGGUGAUUUCUUGAAUGAAAUGGCCACAAUGAUGACUCAAUCAAAACCCAUUGAAAAUGGGGAGGAGAGUUUUGAGGAGUUCCAACAGCUCUUUGAAGAAAUGUUUCAAGCCACUGCACCUGCUUCACCUACGUACAUCAUGACUAAUGGUGAAGGUUCUAGAUCAAAUAAAAGUAAUUCCACUGAAAUUAAUUUUGGAAAGACAGACAAUACAUCUGAACUCAAUUCCAGUGACCAGAACUUCUGUUUAGGGGGAGGUGGAGAAGCUCCAAGAUAUGGAGAAGGGAAUUCCAUGAGGAGGAGGUAGCACCGUAUCUUGGUGUCUGUGAUGAUCAUCAUGUUUCCUCUAUGCUGUUCUAUCGUUUUUAUUAUUCUAAGCAUUGUUGUAAGGUUAAAUCGCUGUUUUUAUUCGAAAUAUAUGUCCUAUGUUAUGUUUACAUUCAAAUCAAACAAUCUUAUCUAUAUUCAAUUUCUCUUAUUU